CGCAAUUUAAUGUGCAGAAGAAGAAAUCACGGAAGCACAUGGUAACUGAGACCAGCGAGAUGUGAAGAUUCAACUCAACUCAACUGGAUAUUUACUUUUUUUAAACAAAAAUUGUCAUAACCUACAAGCAUAAAUAAGCACCGACGUUGACCGUAUUGUUUGGAAAUCAUUUCUUCCGGCUGUGUGAAGCAAACGCGUUUUAAUUCAUUUCCACCAUGGUUCGAACAAAAAGGGUGAUAAAGAUACCGCGGACUAAAAAGGUAGAGCAAUAUGACGAUGAUGACCCUGAAGCCUACAAGAACAUGCCUGUCCCCGAUAAGAAAUCCUCCCAAUACACAAAGGACAAAAUUGAUGAGUUUCACGAUGACAAGAUCACGAAACUUUUCACCAGCGGGGUUGAAAUGGAGAGUGACCAGGACGACCUGGAUGAUGAGGAGGAAGUGAUGGCCCUGGAUGAUUCAGAGGACGACGACGACGACGAGGAGGAGGAGGAGGUGGAGGGAGAAGAUGAAGAAGAAGAAGAGGAUGAGGAGACCGACAUGGACAGUGAUCUCGAGGGCAAAAAAGAAGCCGAUCUUCCUAAUGAAAUGGCGUGGGGCAAAAAGAAGAAGAUGUUCUACGACUCAGACUACGUCAUGACCAAGGGGAAAUCUCAAGACGAGUUGGAAGCUGAGGAACAAGAGGAAGAAGAAGAGGCUAAGAAUAUCCAGAAACGUUUAGCUGCAAAUCUGAGCGAGGAGGAUUAUGAUUUGAACUUUUUUAAGGAAUUUGCUAUGGAAGAGAAGGAUGAAAACAAGACACUGGAAAAAGAAGAGCGGAUUGUGAAAGACCUGAAGCAAAUGUCCCAGAAGGAAAAGAUGAAACUUUUGAAAAAGGAGUCACCAGAGUUGCUUGAACUUAUUCAGGACUUCAAGGCAAAGCUCAGUGAACUGAAGGAUGAGCUGCAUCCUCUCAUGCAGAUGGUCAAGACCGGAAAGAUCCCACCGGGAAAGGGUGCCGACUACCUCAAGACCAAACAGCAGCUGUAUCUGAAUUACUGCACAAACAUCAGUUUCUACUUGGUGCUGAAGGCCAAGCGAAUCCCUGCUCACAACCACCCGGUGAUUGAAAGACUGCUCGCCUACAGAAACCUCAUCAAUGAGCUGGGUUCGGUAGACGCUCGCCUCGCCCCUCAGUUUCGCGAGUUGCUGACCGGUGAGAAAGACGAGACUGCCAGCAGACCGCCAGAGGGCAAGAAGACCAGAGGCGCCGCCGCCAAGACGAAAAUGGAUUCUGGAGAAACUUUGCCUGCGGAGGACUCUGACUCGGACCUGGACGAGGAGGCGGCUCUGCGUUUCUACAGAGAAGUGGAGGCGCGGUCGAAAUCGAAGAGAAAGCGCAGAGCUCCUGAAGCCGAAGAGACGGAGGAGAAAGAAGAUGAUGUUGUGGAGGAGGAUCAAAAUGCUAAGAGAGGAAUCACGUACCAGAUGUUCAAGAACAAGGGACUCACACCUAAGAGGAAGAAAAUUGAUCGUAAUCCCAGAGUCAAGCACAGAGAGAAGUUCAGACGGGCUCAGAUCCGCAGAAAGGGCCAGGUGCGAGACGUCCGUCGGGAGGAGACGAGAUACAGUGGAGAGCGCUCUGGUAUUCGUGCUGGUGUCAAGAAGAGCACCAAACUUAAGUAGCCAUGCAGGGAACUAUAGUAUGCUGCAAAGUAAAACCACAGGAUUGAAAAUUUCCCUAUGGAUUGUACUUGUAAUCUUUCUUUUAUGCGUGUAGUAAAACCAUGUCCCUAAUUAUUCAGUUGUCAAUUAUUGUUGAGAAGUCAACAAAAUAAACAAACCUUGAAACUUG